GGUGAGCAGGAGAGCAGGAGAGCGCACUGGGCCGUCACUGCUCUAGAGGAGGACAGAGAAGAAGGGGCUGGCUUUUUUUCCUCUUCUUCUUCUUCUUCUCCUUCUUCUUCCAAGUCUUUUUCUUCGUGGAAGAACUACACUUUUGGUUGGAAAUCCUUCCCCGCGCGUGAUUCAUCCUCUCAUGUCGCGGCGUGGUGUCUGGCAGCGGGUGGAUUUUUUACGCUGUUGAGGAAGAAAAAAAAGAGAAGCUUUGUGCACCCCCCCCACCCACCACCCCCUGGAUUCACCUCCUCCUCUCCCCCGUUUCCCCUCUUCGCAUCCCCUUCUCUUCAAGGUGGGAUGAAUUUGGACAGAGUCGCAGAGGCAGCGAGAGCACCGGCGGCCCGCGACGCCGCCGCCGCCGCCGCCGCCGCCGCCGCCCCCGCGUUUCAUUUACCGAGAACUUCAAACGGCAGUCGGGAAACUUUAGAGAACUCCAGCAGCGAGUCCUCGGACACGGAGCUGGCAGAAAAGGAGAGGAGCGCGGAGCACCGGAGCGAUGACGGGAACGCGGACGACCCCAAGAAGAAGAAGCAGCGGCGGCAGCGGACUCACUUCACCAGCCAGCAGCUGCAGGAGCUGGAGGCCACUUUCCAGAGGAACCGCUACCCGGACAUGAGCACCAGAGAGGAGAUCGCCGUGUGGACCAACCUGACCGAGGCCAGAGUCCGGGUGUGGUUCAAAAACCGCCGCGCCAAGUGGAGGAAGCGCGAGCGCAACCAGCAGAUGGACCUGUGUAAGAACAGCUACCUGCCGCAGUUCAGCGGCCUCAUGCAGCCGUACGAGGACAUGUACCCGGCCUACACCUACAACAACUGGACCAACAAGGGCCUCACCCCGGCGCCGCUGUCCACCAAGAACUUCACCUUCUUCAACUCCAUGAGCCCGCUCACCUCGCAGUCCAUGUUCUCGGCGCCCAACUCCAUCUCCUCCAUGAGCAUGGCGUCCGGGAUGGGCCACUCCGCCGUGCCGGGCAUGCCCACCCCGGGCCUCAACAACAUCAGCAACCUGAACGGGAUCGGCACGUCCGGCAUCAACUCGGCCAUGUCGCCGUCCGCGUGCCCGUACGGGCCUCCCGGCUCUCCGUACAGCGUUUACCGGGACACGUGCAACUCCAGCCUGGCCACGCUCAGACUCAAAUCCAAGCAGCACCCCACGUUCGGAUACAGCAGCCUGCAGAGCCCCGGCUCGAGCCUCAACGCCUGUCAAUACAACAGCUGACGGGACCCGCGGGCGGCCCAAAUGAUACACCCCCCCCCUUACACACCCCAAAAAAAUGAAUAAUUAAAGAAAUAUAUAUGUGACGAAACGGACACGGUGUCAGAGCUUAAAAGGCGACCUGCGGAUUGGUUGAG